GGUUCAGAUUUGCCGAUGGGCAUGCCAAGCGUAAAAUCAGAGCCGUUGCUCUCCAAUCCCCAUCAGAUCCGGUUCCGCCCGGCCGACUACUCUCUCCUGCAGCGCAGCCGCGCCGCGCCGCGCCCGGGCGCCGCAAUUCGUCGAACAGUUGCCGCGCGCGCUUCCUCCCCCGCGGCCACCAGGGCACCAUGGCGUCCGCCGCGCGGGCUCUGGGGGCGCUUCUCCACAGGGCCUCGUCUCUGUCCUCCUCCGCUUCCGCUCUCCGGAGAGCCUCUGUCCUCCGCGGGAAUGAAGCUAUGGGCAACGCCGGCCUGUUCCGGAGGCAUGAGGCGAGGCGAAGGAUUUCGACGUUCCAGCCGCUCUGCAUGGGACGACGCUCCUGCAAGAUCGCCGGACGGAAGCAUUAAGAAGGGUGGCCCAAGCCCUUCAUCCAACACAGCUUUAGCAGCAAUAUUGGAGAAAGCUAGGGAACUUGAUAUCCCCAGAGAAAUUUUGGAGCGUAACAUCAAAAGGGCAUCAGAAAAGGACCAAAAUACUUACACGGAAAAGGUUUAUGAGGUCUAUGGUUUUGGUGGAGUAGGUAUGAUUGUCGAGGUCCUAACUGACAAAAUUACAAGAUCAGUUGCUGACAUUAGAAAUGUGGUAAAAGACUGCGGAGCAAAAUUGGCUGAUCCCGGGUCUGUUACCUUCAGAUUCAAACAAGCUCGAGUGGUCAACAUAAAAGUUACUGAUGCUGAUAAGGACCAACUGCUCUCCGUUGCGUUAGAUGCUGGUGUUGAUGAUGUCCUUGAACCAAAUUUUGAUGAUGAUGAUGGUUCUGAAGAAGAAAUAGAAAGGUUCUACAAGAUAGUUACUACAUCAGAAAACUAUCCAGUUGUGCUAUCAAAGCUACAAGAGGAAGGAGUGAAGUUUGAAACUGAUAAUGGCUACGAACUUCUUCCUCUCAACCCAAUUGAGGUGGAUGACGAGGCCAUGGAACUAAACAAGGAGCUUGUAUCAAAAUUGCUAGAGCUUGAUGAUGUUGAUGCUGUCUAUACAGACCAAAAGUGUGAGUGAAUUGAUGAGCUAUAGUCUACAGCUUUCAAUUCAAGACACUUGAUGACCCUUUGUAGAGCGUGUUCACUUCUCAUCCAUUUACGGGAUAAAUAUUGAUAGUUGACCUCAUGAUGCUUGGCAAUUGAGCAUUACCAAUUUUACAGUUCCUGAAAACUGGACUUGAUGAUACAACAUAUUUUAAUACGUCAGCAUACUAGCGUAAUCUCAAACCUUGGAUUUUUGCCCAUCCAUUCCGUUUUCUGGAAAUUUCUUUGUUCAGAUAGCAGAUCUGAGAAGUCAUUGUAAAAUAAUAGCAUAACACUGACCCACUUGUGGUCGUGAUGAGCACUAUAAUGAAAAUGCAAAAUGCUUUGGCACA